AUGAAGCAGUUGGAGCAGGAGGCUCACCAGGCGGCCGGUCAGCAGUUCCUUGUCUCCAGUAGCAACCAGCUCCGACUGGUCCUGUUUGAGAAGUUGCGUCUGCAUGAGCGUUGUGAGAAUAAGAAGCUUCCUAAAACCCUCCUCAAACAGCAGCAGUCAACAUCCGAGGCCGUGCUAUUGCAACUUCAGGAUCUGCAUCCUCUGCCCAAGAUCAUUCUAGAACAUCGUCAGGUGCACAAGAUCAAGUCAACAUUUGUGGACGGCAUAUUGUCAUGCACGAAUAAGACCUUCAUCUCCUCCACGUGGAACCAGACCAGCGCUGUGAGUGGCAGACUGUCAGCCAAGAACCCAAAUUUCCAGGCGCUGCCUAAGCAACCCUUGCAGAUCACCAAGAAGCAGUAUGUUCAUGGAAAGGAGUCAGAGGUGGUCACCAUACACCCCCGCACCAUGUUCAUUCCUCGCCAAGGCUGGACCUUCCUCUCCGCAGACUUUUGUCAGGUGGAGCUUCGCCUAUUGGCUCACCUGUCGUCGGAUCCAGAGCUGCUGAGAAUCUUCCAGAACCCCGACGCAGAUGUCUUUACCAUGCUGGCCGCCCAAUGGAAGGGGAUCAAGGAGGAUGCGGUGAGCUCGGAGGACAGGGAGCAUGCCAAGCGCAUCUGCUACUCAGUUGUCUAUGGAGCAGGUCGUGAGCGUCUGUCUGGUAUUCUGGGUGUGAGUGCAGAGCAGGCCAGUCGUUUCCAGGACAGCUUCCUUCACACCUACCGAGAGGUCCAGACCUUCAUCCAGACCACCAUACAACACUGCCAGCACCAAGUUUUCAUCCACAACAUCUCCGCAAGCCGCGAGGUACCCGCUGGUUUUGCUCCAUCCAACAUUUCCACCACAAACACCUGUAGUCCCACGCCAUAG